AUGGGGAAGGCGAAAUUAACACCUUUCUUGAAACAAUGCAUGGUGACCUGUGCCGUCGGCAGCAGCCUAGUGUGCCACAUCGGAUUCGUUUUUGGCUUCCCCGGCGUGCUGCUACCGGCCCUACACGAAGACCACACCGCGAUACCGCUAACAAAGGUCGGCGAUUCAUGGGUCGCGUCAAUCGUCAGCAUAAGCAUGCUGAUUGGCAACUUCGUCACGCCAAACGUCAUGGGCCGCUAUGGCAGGAAGGUCGCUCACAUCAGCGUCGGUCUACCGGCAGUCGUCAGCUGGUUCGUCAUCGCUUUGUCCGUCAAUGUAGAGAUGCUGAUCUUCGCAAGGUUUCUACAGGGUCUAUCAGUCGGCUUGAUGCUGCCUCUUCGCUCGGUUCUAGUGGGGGAAUACUCCAGCCCCAAGUAUCGUGGCGGGUUCCUCACGACUAUAUCCCUCGCUCAAGGCUUUGGAAUAUUUCUAGUCCACCUCGUAGGAUCGUUGUUCAGCUGGCAGCUGACCAGCAUCGCUUGUGGCGUAGCUGCUUUCUUGAGCACGAUAAUCGCUUUCUACUUACCCGAAUCUCCUAGUUGGUUAGCUGUUAAGGGGAGAUACGAGGAAUGCACACAAGCUUUCCGCUGGCUAAGAGGCGAAGGUGAGGAGAAAGAGCUGGAGGAAAUGAUUCUCUCGCAGACGAAGAUGCGGGAAGAGAUAGUAGAUAAAGAAAAGGUCAAUCGGUCGAAAACCGUCGAAAACCGUUCGAUCGUCAGAAGAAAGGAGUUUUACAAGCCAAUCGUGAUAAUAGCUCACUGCUAUCUGAUGGUGCAGGUGAGCGGGAACGCGACAAUGCCUGCCUUCUCGGUGGAAAUCAUCAGCGUCAUGAUGGGCUCGUCAGCAAACGUCCACGUAUGGAUGGUCGCCCUGGACACCUUAAGGAUCAUCACUAACUUCACCGCUAUAUUCAUCAUCAACCGGUUCAAACGCCGGAUCAUUAUUUUCGCCACGGGCGGUUUGUGUACAGCUGUCCAUUUAGCCAUGGCUGUUUACAUGUAUUUCAAAGAUACGAUUUCGUACGACACGCAGUGGAUACCCGGAUGCUUAGUUGUAAUGCAGUUCUUCUGCAUAGGCUUGGGUAUGACGCCCAUGUCGAAUGUCAUAUCAGGGGAGGUUAUACCGUUGGAGUUCAGAAGUAUGAUAUCUAGUAUAGGAGUAUUUACUUUAGCUGUCUUCAUGUUCAUGGUCCUCAAGACAUUUCCAUUGCUGCUCGACAGCAUUGGCUUGUAUGGCAUCUAUGCAAUUUAUUCUGCGAUAUUGACUUACAUACUUAUUCUGUUGUGGUUCAUUUUACCGGAGACGAGCGGUAAGACGUUGCAGCAGAUAGAGAACGAGCUUAAAGGAUUCCAUCACCAGUUAGAGGACGCUGAAGCAAAGAUAAGCUUAAAACAGUACGGCAAUGGUGAAGAAGAACGUUCC